AUGCCGCCUCGACUAAGCCUGCGGCUCUCGCCCUCGUCGACGGUACUGUGUACCGACACCGUCAAAAUAAAAUCCGCAACCACAAACUCAUCCAUUCCAGCGUUCCUCGUCCCUUUCCUUCAAACUCAGGCCCAAACGCUUCCACAAUGCCGCCGACAUGCCUCAAUCCUAACCUCCCUCUCCGACCGGCCUGGCGCCUAUAACAAGAAGAUCCGCCGCGGACGAGGUCCAGCGUCGGGAAAAGGAGGCAAGUCCGGUCGCGGGUCUGAUGGGCAGAAACAGCGUGGCAAGGUGCCCGCCGGAUUCAAUGGUGGUCAAACACCCGAGCAUAUCGUGCAUGGGAAAUAUGGGUUCAAGAAUCUAUUUGCCAAUGAAAUGUCCCCCAUCAACCUGGACAAGAUUCAAUCCUGGAUCGACCAAGGCCGCCUCGACCCUUCCCGUCCGAUCACCCUCAAAGAGCUCUGCUCGUCGCGCGUACUGGGUCGCAUCAAAGACGGCGUGAAACUGCUCGGAACUGGGGCUUCGGAGCUCAAAACACCCAUCCACAUCGUCGUCUCGAGGGCGUCGCAAUCCGCCAUUUCCGCGGUCGAAGCUCUGGGCGGAACGGUGACGACGCGCUUCUACACCGCGCAAGCGAUACGCCGCAUCAAGAACAGCCAGACUCAUCCCUUCCUCUCCCUGCGCUGGGAUCCCUCGGCCCUGAACAAUCCCAACUUGGCCGUUGAAGGGUCUGAGCUCCCUCAAAACCGCGCCAGAGGAAUGGGCUUCCCGUACAGACUACCCGAUCCAAGCUCACGGAAAGAGCUAGAGUAUUACAGGGACGCGAAUCAUCGCGGUUAUCUGAGUCACAUGGUCAAAGAGGGCGAGAGCGCCAGUCUGUAUUUCAAGCCACCAAUCAGUGAAGAGGAGCUGAAGGCCCUGAAAAGAGAGAGUGCACGGGGUGGCAGGGCCGCCAAGAGGAAGGAAGGAGAUAAGUUGUGGUAA